AUGGUCACCUGGCUGCUCACCUUGGCCCCAUCAACGCUGAAAAGUUACCUUAACUCAACAAUAUUCGCUGAGUCGUAUGACAAAACGUACCGGCAAUUGUUUGCCUUAGCAAUGGGUCGGAAUUUUGCCUCGGAUCGAUCAAACUCACCAAUUGACGUCGAAUCAGAAACUUUGGCGGACGCAGUCACGUUGGUUCCAGGAUUUUUAUAUGCCACUGAAGCACUCCUGGUUGCCCACUUCGAACUUGGUAAUUUUAGAAAUAAAUCAUCGCUAUCUUUUGAGUUCUGUUACGGGUACCCAGAAAGCGAUUCUGUUCCCUGCAGCGUUGAGGAUAUGUUGGACUGGGGCAUUGAUACGCAUCUCGCUCCAGUACCAAAUAACAAAAGUGCCGCGUAUGAAUUCCAAGCAACAGUGUUACGACCCAACGAUCCGAAGGAGAACCUGAUCUGGAAUUCUCAGACAAAUGAGCAACAAAUCGUUCUCGCAUGGUUACGGGGUCGUUGGAAAACAAAGGUAGCCUCGUUUCCCGACGGCUUUCAUUCCAUCUCCAGCGAUAACCCUUAUUUCGAGUACAAUGCCACGGCGAUAGCAUGUCGUUCUCGUCUCAAAACCCAAAAGUCAAUCAUACGUAUAGAUAUGGAGGCAAAUGUGGUCUCGGAACAACUUCAGGGAAGUCCUGGCUACAGUUCAGCGGUGCGCUUCAACUUGACAAAUACGCUCCGAGUCAGUAUUCAGGCAGCUGCAAAUAAAGAGCCGGACACGAAAAUUGGGUGGCGCACGAAUGUCAUUGUCAUUGCGCAGGACUGGCCAAACUACGUCUACAUAUCGCUUCUCAACAGUACAGAUGUCCUCGACCCAGAGAGACCCGUUCCUACGGUUUGA